AUGGCUCGGGGCCCCGGCUGGCUGGCGGCGGCCGCGCUGCUGCUGCUCCUGGCGCCCGGCUCGGAGUCCGGCUGCGCCGAGCUGGGGCGCUGCUGCCGGGGCAGAGACCUGGCUUGUGUCAGCAGCGGCUGGAGACCGGACCGAUCCCACGGCGCCUGCUACUGCGACCAGGCGUGUCCCCGCACCAUGGACUGCUGCCACGACUACCCGCAGGCCUGCCCAGAGGUCUCCUGUGCUGUAUCCGAGUGGAGUGACUGGAGUGGCUGUGCAGAGCCUUGCCGGGCAACAUAUCGAGUUCGGAGGAGACACGUUGUGCAGGAGCCUAGAAAUGGAGGCAAGGCGUGUCCUCCUCUGGAGGAGAAGGCUGGCUGUGUGGAGUAUUGGAACCAGGAAGGAGCUGAGUGCAAACAGUCCCUUAUUCCAGCAUUAAUAACUACAGGAGGUUAUGGGAAUGCAAGGAAAAAGAGAGCUGCGUCCAGUGAAAAUGAAAGAUCAGGGUAUUGUGUCGAAUUCCAGAUCACAGCCAUCACGGAAGGCUGUUUGCAGGGGAGCGGUUCCUAUACUCAGUGGAUGCGAUAUCUGAGCAAGGGGCACACGGCCUGCGUGGAGUGCCAGCCCCCGGCCCUGGAUUCCAGGAGUCUGCAUUGCUAUGGGGAUGGCAGUGGAAGCGAUAAGAAUCAGCUGCUGCACUGGCAGGCCAUGGGGAAUCCCUGGUGCAAAGGAACCUGGAGGAGAGUUCGCCAGCUGGACACUUGCUCCUGUCCUUCCGUUCACAGUUUCUUGUUCAUCUAACUCCUCUGAUUUGGCCCAGCCCCUCUAAGCCCGAGUCCCGUGAUUGUGACUUUGGCACAAAGUUUGAAGUAACAACCCACCGCAACUGCUAAUCAGUCAGUAAAGUCCCUCUUGGACUGCUUCAAGGAGGUUGCCACCUGCCAACGUUGAGGCUGAAAACCCUUUCAUAUCCACCCAUGCCCUUGGCUCUCUGUAGAAGACAGGCUGACAAAGCAACUUGAGUCUUUGUCCCCACACUUCCUUCCAUGAAUGUCCCCUGUGCUUGAGAGCAGCCACCCUGACUGGGGUAAUCAGUCGCCUACUCUACUUCCAAGUCCCUCCUUCCCAGAAACUUGCCAGCGAGAAGCCACCAAAUAAGAGAAUUCAAAGAAGAAUUAACGUACAUGUAUUGUUUAAAAACCUAGCUGAAGUAGCCAACAAGAGACAUGCAAAAAGAGUCCACUCAAACUGCCUCUUCUCCAUACAGAUAACCCCCCUGCCUGGAGGGCACGCCUCCUUUCCCUCAAUGCUUGUUAUUUUAUGUUGGGUUCCUGAUCUGAUGUAGAGGCCAGUGCUGUACCUAUUGAAAUUUGGGGCAAAGCUCUCAUUUACUUCAAUAAGAGGAAGUUUGAGUCCUUAGGGACUGAUCCUGAAGGGUGCUGAGUGUCUCCUGGGUGUUGCUGGGCACCCUCCACUCCCAUUGGGCUGGAUCCUGCUUCUAUUGAGAGAAACAGUAACUCCUCACUUAACAUUGUAGUUAUGUUCCUGAAAAAUGCUACUUUAAGCGAAUUCAGUUUCCCCAUAAGAAUUAAUGUAAAGGGGGGGGAGGGGUUUAGGUUCCAGGGAGGUUUUUUUGCUGGACAAGAGACUAUUUUAUAUGUAUACACACACCUACACAACAUAAGUUUUAAAAACAAUGUAAUACUGUACAGAGCAAUGAUGAUCGUGAAGCUUGGUUGAGGUGGAGGAGUCAGAGGGUGGGAUAUUUCCCAGGGAAUGCCUCACUGCUAAAUUAACUAGUUCUCAGUUGAGCCCUCAAGGGUUAACCCAUUGUUGUUAAUGUAGCCUCACAUUCUACAAAGCAGCAGGAAUAGAGGGAGGAGAGACAGCAUGGCAGAGAGAAACAGAGACACACGUAGUGUAUGCGUGUGAGACAUGCAUUGCCCCUUUAAGUAUGCUGACCUCACUCUAAGUACAUUGCCUUUUUAAGUAGAUCAGCAAGCUCCCUCUGUCCUGAGCCCUUUCAUGUCCCAUCUACUCUGUGGAUGGGGUAAAGGAGCAGGGUGGGAGAGGGUGACACCCUGACAUUAGCACCCCUUCUCCCUCCGCCCUGCUUCCCUCCCCUCC